AUGGCGGGGCGAAAUGUGGGAGUGCUGAGAUGCGGUGCUGCAGGUACUCAGUCGCGCGGGCAGCUUGCAGCUGGACAGGACCUCCUCGCCCGGGAGCAAGAGUACAAGCGUUUAAAUGCAGAAUUGGAGGCAAAAACUGCUGAUCUGGUUAGACAAGCUGAUGAAGCAAUAAGAGAUCAGCAAGAAGUACGAGCUAGGCCUUUUUCAACAAAAAUUACAUCAUGCAAAGAGGAAGAUGGUUCCAGUACAAGAGAUCUGUUGUCAUCUGAAGGGAUGGGUCAUCUAUGGUCAGAAACCAAGCCAAAGACCAAAAGCACUGGUCCUGUAAACAAGGUUCAAACCAGACUUCACUCUGCAGAGAAAGAAAGGAAAACAAAUUCAAGUGUUAAGCUGAAAUAUCCCAGUGUGCAGACUGCCAAUGAUGUGGCCAUCCCAGACGAUUUCUCAGACUUCUCCCUUGCCAAGACAAUUAGCAGAAUUGAAGGGCGACUGGAAGAGGACAGCUCACCAGGGCACGCCGAUGACGACAUUCUCUGUGGUGUCAGUAAGGACAUUGGGACAGAGGCUCAGCUCAGAUUUCUAAAGGCCAAACUCCAUGUGAUGCAGGAGGAACUGGACAGCGUUGUGUGUGAAUGCAAUAAGAAGGAGGAUGAAAUUCAGGACUUAAAGUCCAAGGUGAAAAACUUUGAAGAAGACUGUGUGAAACAGCAGCGAACAAUUACUUCACAGCAGUCUCAAAUAGAAAAGUAUAAGAACCUUUUUGAAGAGGCAAACAGCAGAUGUGACGGACUUCAGCAGCAGCUCUCGUCGGUAGAGAGGGAAUUAGAAAAUAAAAGAAGAUCACAAAAACAGGCCGCUAUAAGUCAGAGUGCCACAGAAGUUCGCCUGAAUCGCGCUCUUGAAGAAGCGGAGAAGUACAAGGUGGAGCUGAACAAACUCAGGCAAAGUAACAAGGAUAUUGCAAAUGAGGACCACCAAAAAAUUGAAGUGUUAAAAUCAGAAAACAAGAAGCUAGAAAGACAAAAAGGAGAAUUAUUGAUAGGGUUCAAGAAACAAUUGAAAUUAAUUGACAUUUUGAAAAGGCAGAAGAUGCACAUUGAAGCUGCCAAGAUGCUGUCUUUCAGCGAGGAAGAGUUUAUGAAGGCUCUCGAGUGGGGCAGUUCAUGAGUGAGAGACUUCAACGUGACGCUUGUUUGUGAGCGUUUAUCCAACAUCGAAUUGUAGUGCUUCUUUGUUGUUCAUAAAUAAUGAGAUGUUUGUGAAAUAAAAAGCUCAGGGAUCAGCCUGCUGAAAUAAACAGUGUUUGG